UCUUCAGACAAGACGCGGUAGAACUUAAACGCGUGAUGGCAAAUGCUGUGUCUCUUUUUGGGGUUCCAAAACUCAUCGUUGCCGAUCGCGGGCGCAUGUUCGAAUCUUCGAGCUUCGUGAACUGGGUCAAGGAACAUGGCAGCGACAUACACUACAUCACCCCAGAGAUGCACCACUCCAAUGGUCAGGCGGAACGAUACAUUCGUACUGUCUUAAACAUGAUAAGGAUUGAGGUAAAUCAUAAGGGUUCUGCGUGGUCUGAGGUGCUUGGUAAGCUACAGCUUAUACUUAAUAUCACUAAGCAAAAAUCUACGCAAGCUUCCGCUUUAAAUUUGCUAAUCGGGACCGAUGGAACCACCCCUGUGAUUCAAGCAUUGGUGAAGGAUGUGGCAGCAGAAGGGUCUCGGCCAAACUAUCAAGCUUGGCGGGAGAUUGUCAGAAGCAGAGCUAGUGAGCUUCUUAAGAAGAAUCAAACCCAGCAGGAUUCAUAUGUGAAUCGGAACCGGACACCAGCCCGUGUUUUUAAUGUGAAUGACUUGGUGUUCGUCAUCAAAUUCUCCCAGUCCACAGGGAAGCUGGAUCCUGGCAUGAGAGGGCCCUACAAGGUUCUCAAGGCCUUACCGAGUGGACGCUAUGAAUUGAAGCUCCUCUCCGGUGCUUACGGGAAGACAUCUCAAGCCGCGGCCGAGUAUAUGGUGCCGUGGAAGGGAGAGUGGUGUCCCGAGAGCUGUGCUGCCUUCUUUGAGGAUGACGGCUGCAACGAGUCUCAGGGAGGUGCAUCAUCAAGAGAUGCAGUUGCAUCUACCGACAGAGCGACUGCAGAGCAUGGACCAUCAACGAGCGGUGCUUCAGUGGAAACGUCCAGUGGAGUCCCUGCUGGUCCCAUGCUGCCCACGGAAGCGAGUCAGGAAGCGGCCAUCGAGGACGAGGCCGUAUCAGGAGAGGCCGUGUAAGGAAAACCGGCAUACGGUGUGACGGAUCCAUGCCACCACCGCCACCCGAGCCUAUAUAAGCAGGCCGCAGAGAGGCGCCGCCCUUUUUCCCGCGGCAGCUCUCAAGGCGUGAACAUCGGAGUUAGGUAGUGGUGAUCGACGCGAUUUGUGAGGUUGUACUUUUCUUGUUUAUUAUUUCUUCUAUUAUUGUGUACUUGUGUAAUUUGCAAUUGUUAAUAAGUGUAUGACAGUGAUUUUGUUCCCAUGUAAGAUAUUUUCGUUUGUAAAUAAAUUCAAAUAAAGGUUAUGUGU